AUGGGAAAAAGGGUGGUUGCUGAAAGGGAAGGGCCUGCUAAGCGUAAGUCAAAGAAAUGUGACUGCCUUGUGUAUAUGUACUGCUGCAAAAUGAAAUCUGGUGAUUGGGUAGUAAAGGGGUUGGAAUUACAGCACAGGAAUCAUGUCCCUACACCUCGAAAGUAUCGCUAUAUUGCUAUGUAUAGGAAGGAAGACAUCAAUGAUGUUGUGAGGAGAAAGCUCUUCACUGAUGUUGGUUCUGGGUCAAAGGUCACCCAAGUCUUCAACUCACUAGCCAGUGAGAGGAAUGGGGUUGAAAAUGUGGCCUUUACCAAUAGAGAUUUGCAUAAUGUUAUCUCCCGGGAAAGAAGUGAGAAGAUGAAGAAUGGUGACUGGAAUGCGUUGUUUGAUUACUUCAACGCCAUGAGUGCUGAUAAUCAGAACUUCUAUCAUAUGCAUAGGGUAGAAAAAUUCAAUCAAUUGUCCGAUGUUAUGUGGGUUGACGCAAGAAGUAGGGCUGCCUACGAGGAGUUUGGGGACGUGAUUGUGUUUGACACAACGUACUUAACAAAUCAGUAUGACCUGCCUUUUGCAAAUUUUGUCGGUGUCAACCACCAUGGACAAUCCAUUCUGCUAGGAUGUGCCUUGCUUUCCCAUGAGAAUGCCGAAACAUUUGAGUGGUUAUUCAGAACUUGGUUAGGGUGUAUGUCUAAAAAGAAACCCUUGGCUAUAUUAAGUGACCAAGAUGCUGCAAUGAGGAAAGCUCUCCGCAAUGUUAUGCCUUGUACACAUCACCGCUGGUGCUUAUGGCACAUACUUACCAAGUUCAGCCAGAAACUUGGUAAGUAUGAGACUUAUGAAUUGUUUAAGGUGGAACUUCACAAUGUCAUUUAUGACAGCCUUACUGAUGAUGAGUUUGAGAAGGAGUGGGUUGCUGUCAUUGCAAAAUAUCAGCUCGAGGAAGAUCCGUGGCUGGCAGGUUUGUAUGCCGAGAGCAAAAUGUGGGCUCCUGCCUACAUGAGACCCUUUUUUUGGGAAGGAAUGAAGACUACUCAGCGUGUUGAGAGCAUUAACUCUUUCUUUGAUGGAUUCCUCGACAAGCACACAUGGUUGUAUGAGUUUGGGCCGAAGUACAUAGCAGCAAUGGAGUUAAGAGCAAAUGAUGAGCAACAAUCUGAUGCUGCUGAUCAGCGAAAAAUCUACACAGAUUCAAAGUUUUUGGAUGUCCAAGAACAAUGCAAUAGAGUGUUGUACUUGACCCUGUUGUCUAAGGUCAUUGACUCUGAUAAUGGUGCCACUAUUACCCACACUCUUGAGGACAGAGUGUGGGUCUUGUGCAAGGAAACUCGGAAAGAGUUCCCGACUCAAUACACGAGGCUAUAUCAUGUGAAAAUUAAUAAAGAAAACACUAAAGCUUUCUGCAGCUGCAAGCAUUUUGAAACUCAUGGCAUUAUAUGUCGUCAUAUCAUUAAGGUUUUGGACAUGCAUAAGAUGACUGAUGUCCCUGAAAUGUUUGUCUUAAAUCGUUGGCGUAAGGAUGUUUUCAGAAAGCACACUAGGGUCAAGGUUACUUACCAUGAUCCUUCAAAGACGGUGGAGUCGAAGAGGUUUGAUGAAAUGAUGGUAGCUUUUGAGCCCUUGUGCGUUAAGGCUUCUACAGUGGCUGAUUGCAUAGUUAUCGACACACUUCGGCAGUUGGACAUCAACGUGGAAGCCACAGUGAAUACAGCAGGAUUAUCCGGUAUCACACCAACUAAGAAAACUCCACCCAAAUCAACCAAAAAAUCUCCUGCUUCCUCCAGAAAGAAAACUCCAAAGUCUGUGAACAAGGGAAAAGGGACUGUCACUGAGACUGGGAAGCAGUCCACUAUGGAUGUUUCUCCGACCUGUUUUGAGAUUGGUUCCCCAUCUACUGAUCUGUUAGUCAAUGAUCCUGUGAACUCUGAUGAAGUGCUUCGCUUGUCUGCUGGUGGCAUUGAGAUGCUGACUGAAAAUGGUUCGGUUGGGUACUUCACUAGCACGGUGGAAGAAGACUCUGAUGGCUUUGUGUUGUGUAGAGAUGAUGAUGAAGGUGUUCUUGGAAUGGAUGUUGAUGAUGGAGGUGUUGUCGGUCUGGAUGGUGAUGGAGGUGAUGAUCUUCUCACACAACAUGAUCUGGUUUGGGUAUAA